AUGCUGGAUAAUCUUGGGGGCCCAGUAUUGGGCGAUAGGAGAGAGGAGAUGCUGGCUGAGACGGCUCCCCAUUCAAGGAAUGCCGUGGUGUUGCGCAGGUUUCUGCCUUACGUAAUAGCCGGGCUUUUUGCUGCGGCGUUGCUCACCGGUUACAACGUGGCUUUCGCCCAAGACAUCACAUCGGACGCCGACAAUCUGGACCAAGGCUCGAAUCUAAUCUGGAUGGUAGGAGCAUUCCUAGUCUUCUUCAUGCAGGCUGGGUUCGCUUUCCUCGGGGCUGGCCUGAUACGAUCCAAGAACGUUACAAACUACAUGACCAAGAGCUUCAUGGACUUCGCCAUGGCGUCGAUUUCCUUCUGGGCUUUUGGCUUCGCGUUGAUGUGGGGAACAUCAGCGGCAGGCAUCGCCGGAACGACCAACUUCUUCCUGACAGAUGCCGCCGACGGGCAGACCUACGUUGACUGGGUAUUCCAGAUGGUAUUCGCAGGAACGGCAGCCACCAUUGUGGCAGGCGCGGUUGCUGAGCGGACCAAGACCCAGGCUUACCUGGCAUACAGCUUCAUAGUCGGUGCGGUCAUUUAUCCGCUCUACGGCCACUGGGUCUGGGGCGGCGGAUGGCUCGGCUCCCUCGAAAGCAUCGGACUGCCGGCGGCAGCUGACUACGCCGGGUCCGGCGUGGUGCACGCGGUGGGCGGCUUCAUAGCCCUGGCUGGCGCAGUGGUGGUUGGCGCCCGUACCGGCAAGUUCAAUGCAGACGGCCGGCCCAACCAUCUUCCCGGCCACAACGUCCCAUUCGUGAUCAUCGGGACAUUCAUCCUGUUUUUCGGAUGGUUCGGUUUCAACAUCAACACCGGAGACUCCAUCGGUCUGAAUGCGGUCAACACCCUGCUGGCCGGUGCCGCCGGUGCGGUAGUGGCACUGUACAUACAGCUGGUGCGCACAGGCCGCGCCGACAUCCUUAUGGCCUGUAACGGCGCGCUCGCCGGCCUCGUUGGCGUUACCGCUCCUGUGGCGUUCGUUGAGCCCUGGUCCGCCGUCUUGAUCGGCGUCAUUGCGGCUCCCAUCAUGAUGGGAUCGGUCUGGGCUAUUGAGAAUAUUCUGAAGGUCGAUGAUCCAGUUGGCGCCAUCUCGGUGCAUGGUACCUGCGGUCUUUGGGGCAUUCUUGCGGUAGGAAUAUUCGCCAAUGGCAAUAACGGCGUGGAAGGCCUGGUGGCAGGAAACGGAACGCAAAUCGUUUCUCAGCUAAUCAGCAUGGGCGUGGUGCUUGCAUGGGCCCUGGUCACCGGCUUUGCGAUGUUCCUGCUGCUGAAGUACACCAUGGGUGUACGCGCUACGCGCGAGGAGGAACUGCAAGGCAUGGACCUGGCGGAGCAUGAUCUGCCCGCAUACGAUUAUUAG